GACCCUGUUUUGCGCUUCGUUGUCAGCACGCAGAGCACAACUCGUUUUGCAGGAUCAGCCAUUUAGUCUGAUCAGAGCACUGUGCGCUCCACAGAUCACUGCUGGCUUUAGUUACCGCGGGGUGAUGGAGGAUCUUUACCAGUACCCGGUUUUCUUUGAGUGCCGCGGUCUUCACGAAGAGCAAAUGAAGAUCAUAGAAAAAUAUUUCCGUAUUCACCGCAAAUCAGGCGGAGGAGACUGCGGACCACUGAUGGCACUGGGCGAUAACGUCUACGGUAUUGCUUUCAAAAAUCAAAGAGAUCAGCAGGCAGUCCUUCAGAAAUCAGAGCACGUUUUGGAGCUGGAAGAUGGUUGUUUGGCGUUUACUGUCCGAGACAGCCUGGAAAUUUACACCUCAUCUCACAUCACCACCCCCACAGCUCCAGCAGAGACUCCAGAGCACACUCCUACCUCGGCUCCUCCACCAAGCAGUGAAGAAUAUGAACUACACCUUGAUAAUUAUCUCCUUCGUUACCUAAAAGAAAGUCCAAAUGCUCAGCGUGAACUUGAGAAGUUUCUUGCCUGUUUAGGCUGCUCUGCUGAGCUUUACCCCGAGGAGGGGAGGGUCUUAGUCAGUAAGCUAGCUCAACCCGGUGCUGCAGAAGAAGUUAGUAACUGGAAAGCUCAGGUAGAUGCACUCUUUGGUGGCUACUUGUGCCAUUAUGAGGUAAACCCUGACAAAGUUGGAGCUUUGGUUCAGUCCAGCAGCUCUCGUGUGACCGCAGAUGAGGUGAAGGUGUACACAGAUGAGCCUGGGAUGGCUGUUGUUGUUGGAGAACUGUCUCAGGUGAAUGCCUGGUUGUUGGACAUAGAACAGCCUUCAUAUUUUAGUGACAAUAUGGCAUCUCUGAAUUUGAGUGAGGGAAGCACAGUCAUUGCUAGCUACAGCCUUUAUGACGGGCUCCAGGUGCUCGUGUGUCAGGGCGACAUCACCAAACAAUGCGCUGAUGCUCUGGUGAAUGCAGCCAAUCAGGACUUGGACCAUUCUGGAGGUGUUGCUGCGGCACUGAGUCAAGCUGGUGGUCCUGACAUACAGAGAGAGAGUGAUGAAUUAGUGAAGUAUAUGGGGAAAAUUCCCAUUGGUGAAGUAUUGGUGACCACAGGGGGUAACUUAAGGUGCAAGAAACUGCUGCAUGCGGUUGGGCCUGUAGGUGGAAAAGCAGGCGACAAAGAUAGGAUCUUACUGGAAAAAACUGUGCGCUCUAUUCUAAAUUUAUCAGAAAGAAUGGCGUUUCAGUCUGUAGCUAUUCCUUGUAUCAGCUCAGGUGUCUUUGGUGUUCCUCUGACUGUGUGCUGUGAGGCGAUUGUAGCUGCUGUGAAGGACUUUGGUAGUCUGGGAGGUCGAAGUCUGAGCAAAAUAAUCCUGAUUGAUAACAGAGACGAGGUGGUGAGGGCCAUGCAGGAGGCAUGUGACAGUCUUCUCCGAGGGACAGAUACAGGAAGCAGCACACUGAGUGAUUUUAGUUUCCAGCUGAAUGCACCUGAAGAAGAUUCACCAAGAGGAGCAGCUGCUGGAGCUCCUGGAGCUGCUGGAGCUCCUGGAGCUGCUGGAGCUCCUGGAGGCGGUGUCCACGUAGAGAUUAUUCAGGGAUCAAUCGAGACCCAGCAGGUGGAUGCUCUGGUAUCUCCUAUGGUCGGCCAUCAUCCUCUCUCUACCCGUGUUGGAAACGCUUUGUUUGAAAUAGUUGGAUCCCAGCUGACCACAAGAUUUAAAAGGGAAGCAGAAAAUGAACCAAUACCUGGUGACUCAGUACUGGUGGAGGGCUUGCCUGGACUUCAGUCUAAUGCAGUCUUCUUCCUCAGUCUUGCUCCCUUCGAUAGUGACCCAGAUGGAGUUCCAGUAGAGAUUCUUCGAAUGGGCAUCAACCAAAUCCUAUCUUCCUGUGACAAGAAAGGGUUCAGAUCUGUCGCUCUUCCUGUCCUCGGUGCUGGGGUCGCCCUGCAGUUUCCUGUCAGUGUGGUGGAGAGGGUGUUAAGGGAGGCAGUUCAUGACUUUGAACAGGAGCGAGCUGGCAGCACACCACUCCUGAUCCGCAUUGCCAUUCAUCCCAGUGAUGAAGAGUCAAAUGAGGUGUUUGAGUCUGUCCAAAAUGGCAAAUUCACUGAAGAUUAUCAUCAAAAAGUCCAAGAUCAAGAUUCAACAAUGAGGAUGGUCCUGCUGGGAAAAACUGGAUCUGGGAAAAGUCACCUGGCUAACACCAUUUUUGGAGAGAAGCUCUUUGAAACUUAUGACUCUCCCAACUCUGGAACAAGUAAAUGCCAAGCAGAAACCAAAACAGUCAAUGGCAGGAGCGUCACUCUGAUCGACACCCCCGGUUUCUUCGACACAGGAAGGUCUGAGGAAGAUUUGAAGGCUGAGAUACUGAGGUGUAUGACAGAGUGCGCUCCCGGGCCUCAUGCUUUUCUCAUUGUGCUUCGAGUGGAUAAAUUCACAGAGCAGGAGCAGGCCGUCAUCACUAAAAUAUGUCAGUCUUUCACAGAUGAGGCUCUAAAACACGCCGUAGUUGUCUUCACGCACGGUGACCAGCUCGAGAGCAGUGUGGAAAUUAAAGAUUUUGUCCGUCAGAAUAAGAAUCUGAAUGAUCUGGUGUUGAAGUGUGGCGGUCGGUGCCACGUCUUUGACAGCAAACACUGGAACAACAAACAGCCGAAUAACUACAGGAGCAACCAGUUCCAGCUGGAGGAGUUACUGAAAACAGUAGAGAAAAUGGUGGAGGAAAAAAACGGAGGUUACUACACAAAUAAAAUGCUGCAACAUGUGGAGAAAGAAAUACAAGAACAGGCAGAAAACAUUAGACACUCAUCACCAGACAAGACCCCAGAGGAGAUCAGAAACCAGGCGAAAACCGAUGUGUGUAACAGGUUUCUGACUCGACUGACAGGGAUUGCAACAGGAGCUUUGCUAGGUGCUUUUUUAGGUGUAGCAGGAUUGGUGGGAUUAGUUAUCACAGCUGUGCAUAACGCACAGUUAAUCAAUAUUGUUAAAAAAGUUCCAGCAGUAGCAGGAGUGUCUGCAGCAGCAGCCGGAGAAACAGCACUAGUAGCUGCUGGAGUCGUAGGAGUGGCAGUGAUAACAGCAGGAGGAGCAGUUGGUGGUGUCAUUGGAAAUGAAGCAGCUAAAGAUGCAAACUCACCUUCAGAAGCUGCACAGAGAACAUACGAGGCUGUAGUGGAUAAAGGAAAGUCUCUUCUCGGGCUUAAGAAAAAUUUUUAUAAUUCUUAGUCAGGUAACGGUGUGAAAAAAAUCAUCUUAUUACUACACAUGCUAUUUAAAUACUCGGAAGACAGUACGCAGGAUUUGUAAUUUUUUUGUAGUCAGGUUUCUGGCAAACUGUUUAAGAUUUAUCCAACAGUUAUCUUGUUUGUGGGGCUGUUGCUUAAUCUACUUAGUGCCUUGAUCCAUUGCGAUCCUAUUUUUUCCCCAUACAGCUGUGUCUAAAGGGGGCAGUGUUUGGGUUUAAGAAACACAAUAGAAACUGUGGACGGAGGUGGUUUUGUUUCAUUUUCAUGUACUGUUAAAUCUCUAUUAGUAUGUAUUUGUAAAAUAUUUGAGAAUUACCGUAUAUAAUAUAUAAUAUAAGAACCUAAUGUUACAUGAGUGUUAUAGUUUCCCAUGCGCUGGAAAAUUUCUUUGAAUUAUUUUUAACAUGCUAUUUAUCAAAUUGUGCCAGAAAUGACAGGCUUAAGAAAUAGAAAAGAGAAAAGAAAGAAAAGAGAAAGGGAAAGAGGAAGAAGAAGAAAGGGGAAAAAA